CCGCGCUCUGACCCUUGCGCUUCCCAACACGCGGCCCCAGCGCCGGGGCUACGACAUGCGGAACUGUUUGAAUGGCGUGCCUUGUUUUCACCCGACGCGGUUUUAGCGGCGGCGCGGCGGCGGCCGGCAGAUCGUAAUUUUGGAGGACUGCAGCACUGAGAUCUCUGGAGUCUGCUGUGUCUAGCCAUAAUGAGUUUGGUUGCUUAUGAAGAUUCAGACUCUGAGACAGAAACGGCAAAGACUGAAGUCCUCGAUGCUGCUGGCAGACAAACAAACCAGCUGAGCUCUUCUGUGAGUUAUGUUCAGCACUUUGCACCUGGUAGUACAAAAUCUGUGUAUGAAAUGAGCCCUGCUGGGAGCACUGGCAGAUCUGGCAGGAGCACUGUUUGUGAAGAUCCCCCUGAGCAUCAUGCACAGAGUAACAGCACUGACCUGGCACCUCCCUAUUGUCCCAGGGUGUACUCUGGCCAUGCUGUGUUAUCUGUGGCUUACAAAAGCUAUGAACAGCCUUCAAGCUCUUCAGCGAAUUCUGGAAGAGGAGUUUCCCAGAAGAGAACACAUAAAGACAGCACUACUGCCAUAAAAGGAAUUAGACCAUAUAUCCCUAAACGAUUGCGUCAAGAAAAUUCCAGUAAGCCUGAAAAAGAGGAAUCUGACCAGAGAGGUAGCUCGGAUUGUGAUGUUAAGCUAAGUGUAUCAGGAGAGCAGACUUCGAGAAAGAUCUCUGAAUUAAUUAAGCCAUAUUUGGGAUCUAAAUAUAAAGUAACUGAAGUUCCCAAAAGCUUAAUAUUUCACAUGUCUAAACACAGCGGCCCUGUCAAUGAAAUCCAGUGGUGCCCUGUCCGGGAACAAAGUCACAUGCUUCUCUCAGCCUCUAUGGACAGAACAGUCAAGGUAUGGGAUGCUGUAGAUACAGGCUGCUGUUUAAAAACCUACUCCUGUCACUCCUGUGCUGUUCGAGCUGCCCGGUGGUCAUCCUGUGGAAGAAGGAUCCUCAGUGGGGGCUUUGAUUCCAUGCUGCAUUUAACAGAUGUGGAAACAGGUAAAGGCCCUGAAGAGUGCAUUAUUCCCAUUUCUUUAUUGUGUACAGGGAAGCAGAUAUUUAGCAGCAAAACAGAAUUUAGGAUCAGUGCACUCAAGUUCCACCCUACAGAGUCAAAUGUUUUCAUUUGUGGAGGGUUCAGCCCAGAAGUUAAAGCAUGGGAUUUAAGGACUUCUAAGGUGCUGAGGGUGUACAAAGCUGCAGUACAACAGACUUUGGAUAUACUCUUCCUGCCUGAAGGAAGAGAAUUUCUCACAAGCACGGAUGCAGUGAGCCGAGACUCGGCUGAUCGCACCAUCGUUGCGUGGGACUUCCAAAGUGCUGCAAAAAUCUCCAAUCAGAUUUUUCAUGAGCGUUACACUUGCCCAAGUCUGACCCUGCACCCGAGGGAGUCUGUGUUUGUUGCUCAGACCAACGGGAACUACAUGGCUUUGUUUUCUGCCCAGCGACCCUACCGGAUCAACAAAAAGAAAAGAUACGAAGGACACAAGGUGGAAGGAUUUGCAGUGGGCUGUGAAUUUUCUCCAGAUGGAACACUUUUGGUGACAGGAAGUUCAGAUGGCAAAGUGUUUUUCUACAACUAUCAUACUUCAAGGAUUAUUCGCACUUUGUCUGCACAUAAAGAAGCUUGUUUGUGUGCAAUAUUUCACCCAGUCUUGCCAUCGCUCCUUGCAACGUGUGAUUGGGCUGGAGAAAUCAAGAUCUGGCAAUAACAAGCAGAGUUACUUUUUAGGAUGUCUCUCUCCUGUUAGUCUGUCAAAGGCUUAGGAAAUAAACCAGAGUAUGGAAUGUGAAAUUCUGUUGGGAUGUGUUGUAAGCAGGAGAGAGCAACAUUCUGUUGUCUUUUCUUCUCUGACCUCUAUGUUUAUGCUUUCAUAAUGCAGUUAAGAUGGUUUUUUGGUUAGCUGUUGAGCUAAGAAGUGGUCCUACUCUCUCUCUCUUAACCCUGGAGACAAAUUUUUAACCCUUUUCUGUCAAUCUUCUGGUGCUCAUCCAUUCCCAUUCUGCUUUGAGUGAGCACCUAAAUUUUUAAAAAAAAUAUUGCUCUUUUUAUGCAUCUUUUCAAUGCAGCUUUCUUAGACCAGGGUUUAUCACAGAGUCAUAGAAUCAUGUGAGUUGGAAAAGACCUUUAAAAUCAUUGAGUCCAAGCUUUACCCAGUACAGCCCAGUCCACCACUAAACUGUGUCUCAUAGUGCCACAUCUGCAAAUCUUUUAAACACCUCCAGGGAUGGUGACUCCACUUCCUUCCACUGGGCAGCCUGUUCCAAUGCCUGACAACCCUUUGGCUGAAGAAGUUUUUUCUAUUACCUGAUCUAAACAUUCUCUCUCACAAUAUGAGACCAUUUCCUCUUGUCCUCCCCAAAAGUUGAGGACAUACCAUUUAACAGAGGAUAAUGUUCAGAACAGUUAAUAUCUAUUCCAAUUUCCUGAGAUAUUUUUCCCCACUUUUUUGAACUAGUUUAGCUCCCUGACCUGCUCACUGGAGGAUCAGAGAAGCAAUACUGUAGUUCAAGGUAAAACAGCUUCUAUCUAUAAGAAGGGGAAAGGUCACAGGGCAGAUGGGACUGCUGCUUGUUAUAAUGCAUAGCUCAGAUUACUGUAAAAUGCCUCUGAGAGUUCCAGGGAAAGGUGUGACAAGAUAGCUUGAACCUAAUUUUGAAGUCAAUACAUUUGUGUUUUUGAAAUCUUGAUGUUUAAACUUGAGUUUUAAACUUACUUUUAUGACUGUAUAAAAACAAAAUUAAGCUAUGUAUAAAUACUUUUAAGAAAAAAAUAAACAUUUUUUUAAAUACAUGCUAUCUCUGUUUACUACUUCACUCCUAUUAUUCUUGACAAGUUAGUACACAAGCCUAUAAUGGAAUUGAUGUUUGGGAGGUGAAAAGAAUUAACAUGUUACACUAAUUUAUUGCAAACACAUAUGCAUUACUCCAUAACUCUUGAUGUCAUUUGGACACAGAAAAUUAUCAUCAUGCUAUUCAGUGCAGGGGAGGUUCUUUGGCACUCAGACAGGAGUUGGGCUAUUCUUCAGCAAAUAUAGAGUUCAUUAGGCCAUUACUGUGUAUUUACAUAUGUAGAGAUUGUUUGUAAAUGUAUUUUAAAUUUGUUUUUCCUGCACUUGUAUUGCUUGGUUCUAGAAAACAUUUUAUGUGCGUGUGUGUAUAUAUAUGUGAAAAACAGUAUGUCUAAGCAUCAUAUAAACCAUAUGUAUUCCUAAUCAUGAUUCCAUAUAAUCAUGUAUUAUCUUGAAGUGAGUCCUGUAGGCUUGUCUUGUCCUUGGUCUGGUUAGUCUGUAAAGGUGUUUUAACAUAACACAGGAUAAUUGUGCUGAGUAAGUUGUCUCUGUCAUGGAAUCCAGAAACCAUGUAUAGUAGCAACUUUUCCUCUGUAACAUCGUUUUAUUCUUCUGAUUUUUCACACUGGCAAAAAUGCAAGGGGUUUCUAUCCACUUUUUGUGUGUUUAGUAAAAAAAGCCUUUUCAGAACACCAUUGUGAACAGCAGAUUUUAAUUAAUUAAUGAGCAUAAUGUACUCCAUUGGUUUAUAGUUUAUGUUCCUUACUGCCUGUAGUAAGAAAUAAGUCUAUACCAAGACUGUGGGUCCGCUUAUAUUGUUUGAAUUCUGGACCAAGAUAUUGUGGCUGCAUGGUUUGAAUGACCUUUUCAACAGCUAUGGCAGGUUUUAACAUGAGGCAUUAAAUUUAAGUGAGUUUUGCUAUGAAAAAGCAACUUUU